AUGGCCCCAAAAUUCUACUACAAAUUGCCCCCUGGCGCGAAGGGAACCGACCAGUUUUUCCUCAUAUAUCAACAUCACAAACACAGGGCCAAGGAGGCAGAAGCUUUGACGCUUUUGCGUAGAGUCGCUUCUUUGGUCAAACCUAUUAUGCGUCAACGCUCGUGGAAGGUCCACACACUCUCAGAGUUCUAUCCUUCAACUGCUAGGUUAUUGGGAUUGAAUGUCAACCAUGGCGAAAAGAUUUGUCUCCGUCUCAGGCAACACUAUGAUGAACGGGUGUUUCUUCCCUAUGAGGAAAUAGUUGAUACGAUGCUUCAUGAAUUGUGCCAUAUUGUUCAUGGCGAGCACAAUGCAAAGUUUCAUGCUCUUUGGAAUCAACUCCGACUGGAAUGUGAACGGCUCAUUCGAAAUGGCUAUACUGGGGAAGGCUUCCUCUCCGAAGGAAGGCGACUCGGUGGUCGAGAAGCACCAUUUGAUGCGACCCGAAGGAUCGCCGCAAUCUCUGCGCCGCCGGCAGCUACCGGGAAGAGACCCAGUGUUUUUACCACUGUACCUGGCCAAAAGCUAGGAGGCACCCCUGCUUGGGGAAAUAUGGACAUGAGAAAACUCAUUACGGAUGCUGCAGAAAAACGUAGAAAGAUAAACGAAGGCUGUGCAAGCGGUACCCAGGCAGGCCAAAGUCUAGCAGAAGAGGCCUUGCGAAAUGGAUUCAAAACACAAGCAGAAGAAGACGAUGCAAAUGAUCGUGCAAUAAUACAGUCCUUCAUCGACCUGAUUCAGCAAGAAGGAAAGGAACGUUAUGGGAAUUCAUAUAUCCCCCCUAGCGCUGCUAACCCUGUUGGCCCGCAAUCUGCCAAACAAGUAUCGGCCCCCCAGAGUGCCUGCUCCCAUGAUUUUCCCGCUCCGCAGCCAGGAAGAAUCGAGGACGAUGCGUAUGGCUAUGCUUGGAGUUGUCCGCGAUGCACCCUAGCUAACCCGCCGAUGUUCUUAUGCUGUGAGGCGUGCGGCCAGGAAAGACCUACAGUUGUUGAUGUUGCUUCUUCUGAUAGCCUGGCCCCUGGUCAAAAGCGUCGCAUCGUUCACUCUGGUGAUUUUUCUGAUAGCUAUCAGCGGAGCAAAUCGCAGAAAUCCCAAAACGAUUCUGCAUAUACUGGAAUCCCCGAGCCAAGCGAAUGGGGUUGUCACAGAUGCGCAAAGUUUAGGGACCGCGAGUGGUGGGCCUGUUCGUCUUGCGGUUCGCUAAAAGCAUCGCCAUCAUGA